AUGGCGACCAUGGACGUGGACAAUUCACCAGAGCAGGCCGAGCUGGGGCGAUUACUUGAGCAAGAGAAGGAGCAGCUCAUGGCCAAGGAGAUGGUCAGCAAGCUAACAAGUGUGUGCUGGGACAAAUGCAUGACCAGCACCCCCGGAAUCCCAUCCCCGGUCCCCUCUGCUCUAGGAUUUUCCUCCAUAGCGGCGUCGUCUUCGCGCACGCUCCGACUCGCCAAGAUCACUUCGCUCCUCCGCGGCGUAGGAGGAGGCGGCGGUACUCGCGUCCACCGACCGCUUGCCUCUGCGGUAGGGAGCCUCCUCCCGGCAGCGCUGCGCCCAUCCCCGUCCGUGUCCGUGCCCACCAGGCUCUUCGCGACGCAGCCGGUCACGUCCUCGCGACGGGACUCGUCGCCGAACUGGGAUAGCCGGCCGCCCAGGGAGACGAUCCUCCACAACGACGACUGUUAUUACUUCGCGUCCGAUGACUGUGGCUUUACGUCCGACGACGACGUCUUCGCGUCCCCCGGCCUCGAUGGCUGUGACUUCGAGCACUGGUUCGUUGUCAUGCAGCCGCCCCCCGGGGAUCCCGGAGAUCCCGACGUCCCGCGAGAGGAGAUCAUCGACUCGUACAUCAAGGUCCUCUCCAAAGUCGUUGGAAGAUGAUGGUUUCUCAGGUAACAGCCCACGAAGUAUUUCUCAGGUUGAAGCAGGAGAUUUGAGGUCACAUGUUGGUUGUAGAAAUAGUUACCAAAGUUGAUCUAUCUGUUUUUUGUGCCACAUUUAAGUUAUCAUUUAUGUUAAUGAAGUUAUAGAAAUCAUGGAUUGGAAAGGAGCA